AUGCAUCAAUUUGAGAAGCCAAAACGACUUCAACAGAUCAUUUUACCACCUUAUAUCAAUCGUGGACAGCAAAGAAUUAUUCGUGAAAAACAAAAAAAUAUUUCAUCAGUACCAUUUUUAGAUGUGGAACUUUGUUAUUGGUAUAAAGUUGGAUGUAAACAACGUGGUAUACAUAGUCGACCUUACACGUACGCUGUGAUCACGUUAGAAUCAUUGCUAAUUUUAAUUGUUUUCUUACUUCUUGCAAUAAUCCUUCAAUCAAUAAAUGCUUCACCUGAUGCACCAAUUAAUGCAUUCAUUACGCAGCGUAAUUAUUUUUUACGAAUACAAAAUUCGGUUUGUUAA